CUCGCCAGCUGUUUUUGCUUCGCACUAGCAAUUUACAGAAUUUAGAGAAUUCCAGCAACGAAACAUGGCCCAAGUUCCCUUGGCAAUCGUGUCGCACAAGCGCCAGGUGUGCAGCUUGUACAAGCGUGCCCUGCGUAAUCUGGAGGCGUGGUACGAUCGCCGUGAGGUAUUCCGUUACCGGGCAGUGCUGAUGCGGGCUCGCUUCGAUGAGAACCGCAAGAAGGAUCUCGGUGAGGGUAGACGUCUGCUAGCCUGCGGACAACAGGAGCUUUUCGAAACGAAGCAUUUCCAGCCCAGAAACUUUGCCAAUAGCGCCGGCGGCUGUGCCUUUGAGCGUGAGGUUCUCCCACCAGAUUGGCUGCUCGAUUACUGGCAUCCGCUGGAGAAGGCACAGUAUCCCGAGUACUUUGCCAAACGUGAACAGCGCAAGAAAGAAUAUGUGACUUGGUGGGAGAAACAGUACGGCAAGCCAGAUCCCAAGGACCUACAUCAUUAAGUCUAGCGCCUAAAAUAACGUAGUCAAAUCCAAUUAUUGUUUCUGAAUUAAAAAUAACGAUUGGACAAACUCAAAUUCCUAUUGAUUGCUAAAAUUACACUGCAAAACUCAAAACAAUUGGACAAGCUCGAACUCCUAUUGUAACAGGUGCAAUGGUGGAAUUAUUUACAAGGUAGCGUACUCCAAUGAAGUGAGGAUCUUGAGCUCACCGUUCGAGCGCAGUAUAAAAAUAACUCAAGAGAUUGUGGUGAAUAUGUCAUCUUGUUAAUAAACUCACCACGUACGGUUGCUUAAUAUAUGAAUGUUGAACAAA